GAAUGCACCACUCCUGAGUCCCUGAACGCAGCAUCGGCUUUUUUUCUUACACAACCUACAACCUCCAGGACUGAGGAGGACAAACAGCGCGGACCUGGGGCUGAGCUUCGCGAAAUGUGAGCAGAAUGACGAGUCUCCAGCUGACUGCGAAAGAGGAGAUGGUUGAGAGGUUUCUGGAUGCAGCGUCCAGAGGAGACCUGAGCCAGGUGUCCACUCUGCUGACCCAUGCCCCAUCGCUCAUCAACCAGGCCGGAUACAGCGGCUGGACAGCGCUGAUGCUCGCCGCCCGCAACGGACACUACAGUGUGGUGGAAGCGCUGCUGUCGUACGGCUGCGACAGGUUCUCGGUCAACAGCUCGUGUCAGACCGCCUACGACAUCGCCAAGUUCUGGGGCCACGGACACGUGUCCAACCUGCUGCAGGGGGCGGGCGCCGGGGGUGGGAGGGUCCUGCCGGGCCCGGAGCUGGGACUACAGGAGAUGUACUUCAGCAGGGAGACGCUGGACCGUCUGAGCGGCAGGAGGACGGACAGAGCCUGGUUGGACGCCAGACAGAAGGACGGCAACUCUGUCUACAUCCUGUUCUCCAACCUCAGUCCAAUGGUGGUCAGCUCCCAGGAGGAUGACGGCACCGAGGCUGAGACGAAGCUGUGUCGGUUCAGAUACGAGGACGUCAAAGACCUGCUCCAGAAACCCAGCACUGUACUGGUGUUCCUGGGCGUGGACAGGAGGAAGGCCCCGCCCCCCUCCUCCUCCGUGGAACCUCCAGCCUGGUUCGCCAUCAGCUCGGACGAAGAUGCCGCUGAACUCCUCAAACGCUGCAGACAGACAAACUGCUGCUUCCCCACCAGACCAAACAGAGAUCUGCUGAAACUGAGCGAGGAAGAGGCCGGUACCGUGGCCCAGGCCCGGUCGGUUCUGGCCUGGCACAGCCGCUACAGCUUCUGUCCCACAUGUGGCAGCAGAACCCGUGUGGAGGAGGCCGGAUACAAGAGGAGCUGCCUGGACCAGGACUGUCGGAGCCAGAAGGGGGUCCACAACACCUGCUACCCCCGGGUCGACCCGGUUGUCAUCAUGCUGGUGAUUCAUCCUGAUGGAAACCAGUGUUUACUGGGCAGGAAGAAGGUGUUCCCCGUCGGCCUGUUCUCCUGUUUGGCCGGAUUCAUCGAACCUGGUGAGACGGUGGAGGCGGCGGUGAGGCGGGAGGUGGAGGAGGAGAGCGGCGUAAAGGUGGGAGCGGUCCAGUACGUCACCUGCCAGCCCUGGCCCAUGCCCUCCAACCUCAUGAUGGGAUGCCUGGCCGUCGCCGUGUCAACAGACAUCAAAGUGGACGAGAACGAGAUCGAGGAGGCCCGAUGGUUCCCGCGGCAACAGGUGAUUGACGCCGUGUUCAGAGGGUCCAGCCCCGCCUUCAUCGUACCCCCCCGACAGACCAUCGCCCACCAGCUGAUCAGACACUGGAUUGGAAUGACCUCUAACCUUUAACCUCUGACCUCUAACCUUGACUCUACCUAGGGAUGGGAAUCAAUAAGAAUUUAAUGAUUCCGAUUCCAUUAUGGAUUUUGCUUAUCGAUCCGAUUCUCUUAUUGAUUCUCAUU